AUGGAGAGCGAUCGUCUGGACCAACUCCUGGAGUUCUGGGGCCGUGAGCAAAGAGACACCAUCCUGAGGUGCCUCCGGCGAGUCGCAGAGGAUGCAGAGGCCUCUCCAUGGCGCUCGCCGACAUUGUCCCUUCCUGAGGUACAGGAAGUGAUGAAUCCAUGGGAGCAGCCUUUCCACCAAGAGCUCUUGUACGAGUACCUGGACGCUCUGGAUAUGUGGGAGGUGUAUGCUCUGUACAUCACCGCAAAGGCGGGCAAUCCUGAAUUUGACCUACGAUCAGCCCUAAAGAAACCGCCAACCCGGAUGCAGGUGAGUUUCACAUUCAUAAUUUAG